AUGUGGUGGAAGAAGAGAUGUGGGUUCGCCUUGGGCUUGUUUGCUACCGCAUCUUCCAUUGGGGGAACAGUAAUCCCUAUUGUGAGCCCUGUUUUCGCUGUUGUGAAAGCUCUGGAAAGCUCUGGUGGUGAGGAGUUUGAUCCCGAAAGUCAGAUUUGCAUGGGCCGACCACAUCGUCGGAUUCAUUCUAUUUGCAGGUUUCACUGCAGCGAAUCUCACCCUGAAGCGAAGAAUAUUGCUUCUUAA